AUGGCAUUGCAAUCACAGCUCGCAGACCCAUCGCUCUUGAUCGGUCGCAACUUCAUCAAUGGAAGCUGGACAGACUCUGAGUCAGGGAGACGGUUUGACGUUUUUGACCCGUCGUCUGGUUCAUUGAUUGGCUCCUGUCCCGAGUCCACCGUCAAUGAUGCAGGACAAGCCAUUGAAGCCGCAGCAAAUGCCUUGCCUAGUUGGCGCUCUCAGCCUAACCGCGACCGUUCACGCAUCUUGCGGCGCUGGUAUGAGCUCGUCAUGGAAAAUCGAGAUGAUUUAGCCAUCUUGAUCACUUGGGAAAAUGGCAAAGCAAAACCCGAUGCUUCUGGUGAGGUCAUUUCUGCGGCAAGCUUCCUGGAGUGGUUCUCUGAGGAGGCUGUUCGCGUUUAUGGGGAUGUGAUUCCGGCUGGAGCUGCCGGUCUCAGAGUUUCUGUCCUCAAGGAGCCAGUCGGGGUCUGUGGGCUAAUCACACCAUGGAACUUUCCUGCAGGAAUGGUCACGAGGAAGCUUGGCCCUGCCUUGGCUGCUGGCUGCACUGUUGUGCUCAAGACGGCUGGCGAGACUCCAUUUACUGCGAAUGCACUGGUGGCUCUGGCCAAAAGAGCCGGUAUUCCUCAAGGUGUCAUCAACGUAGUUACUGCUCUUGAAAACACUCCUCAGAUUGGUGAGGUAUUCUGUGCCUCGGGCAUCAUUCGCAAGAUCAGUUUUACGGGGUCUACAAGGGUCGGUCGCCUCUUAAUGAGACAAUGCAGCGACUCGGUCAAAAAGCUAAGCUUGGAACUCGGCGGAAAUGCACCCUUCAUUGUGUUUGAUGAAGCAGACCUCGACCUAGCCGUUAGAAACGUCAUAUUGACCAAAUUCAAAGUCUCGGGUCAGACGUGCGUCAGUGCUAACCGGAUAUUUGUGCAAGACGGAGCCCAUGAUGAGUUUGUCCGCAAAAUGGUUGCCGCUGUUAAAGAUUUCAAGGUUGGACCAGGUCUUGAUCCGAACGUCACUCACGGGCCGUUGAUCAGUGUUGCUGCUGUGGACAGGAUUGAUGAAGUUGUCACCGAUGCGGUGUCCGCUGGGGCCCAAGUUAUGAUCGGUGGCAAGAGGUUACCUAAGCUCGGGUCUCACUUCUACGAACCGACCGUCCUCACCAAUGUCAAUCAAGAAAUGCUCGUAUGCCAGACCGAGAUAUUUGGCCCUGUUGCUCCCAUCCUGCGAUUUUCGUCGGAGCAGGAGGUUCUUGAACAUGCCAACAACAGUGAUGCCGGCCUUGCAUCAUACGUCUUUACCAAGGAUCUUCAUCGCGCAACCCGCAUGUCGGAAAAACUCCAUUUCGGCAUGGUUUCACUAAACACCGGUGUCAUUCCAGACGCAGCAUCCCCCUUUGGGGGUAUAAAGCACUCAGGUCUGGGACGUGAAGGAAGUAAAUAUGGUAUCGAAGAUUAUCUUCAACUGAAGACGGUUGUUUCUGGUGGUCAUAGUGUCAUUCAUUAG